GGGUGCGUCUACAAUGACAACAGGAACUAAUUGCGCAUUAGCUUGCUGGAAAGCCGUAGCGUAGCUUGAAACGCGUUUCACUCACAGUUACUACCGGUAAAACAAUACUAUCUUGGAUGGUUAGAGAAAAAGACACUCGUUUUGAUUAGUGGUAGCCGGAAUGGCUCCAUACAGCCACGGUUUUUCCAUCCACUGGGGUUUGGAGGCGAGCUAGCUUUUCCUGUCCUUGCCUUGACAUCCAAUACUUUUUCCCGACCGCUGCUCCGGUUUAUCGUCAGGUUACUAUCUGCCGUGGGAUUAAAAACGUAAAGGAAUAGCGAAUAUGAGGUGUUCAGUGUUAAGGUGGCGGUAGUGAUGUCACUCUGUGGAGGUCAGUUUGAGACCAGAGGAUGAACUCCGUCUCUCCCAGCGCCGCUCAGUAUGUGGGCAGCGGGGCGCUUCACGAUGACCUCGUCGAUGGCAGGAGACUGCCGUCCACCUCAGCGCAGGUUCUGGAGCCCAGGAGCCAUUUUGGCCAUGCGUUGCUCGCUGACAGCAACAAAGAGGGUUCUGGAGAGCCGGACGAAGUGGAUCGCCUGAAACUGAAGAUAAUGUCAGCUUGGAACAACGUCAAAUACGGAUGGUCAGUGAAAACCAAAACUGUCUUUAACAAAACGUCCCCUCUGAUCCUGAUGGGCCAGUCCUUCUUGCUCAACAGUGAAGACGAGGUGGAGCGUUUCCGGCUAGCGUUCGGCUCUCGUGUCUGGCUCACCUACAGGAAGGAGUUUCCUCAGCUGGAGGGAUCGAACUUGACCUCAGACUGCGGCUGGGGCUGCAUGCUGCGCAGCGGUCAGAUGCUGCUGGCCCAGGGGCUGAUGGUCCACUUCCUCCCUUCAGACUGGCGAUGGCCAGAAUGUUCGCAGUUGACCGAUGUUGAUUUCGAGGUGCUGAGGCCGCGCUCCCCGUCCCGCACUGCUGCCAUCUCCAUCCCCUCCUUCAGCUCGUCCUGGGGCGCCGGCGUAAUCCAAAAGCAGCCGUCCAGUAUAGCUACUAGUGAGGGGCUGAAACGAGCCCAGUCAGGUCGUCUCCAGUCAGGACGGGAGCCACAGGCUGAGGGGCUUCACCGCAGGGUGGUCUCCUGGUUCGGGGAUCAGCCUUCUGCGCCGUUCGGGGUGCACCGGCUAGUGGAGCUGGGUAAAGAGUCGGGGAAGAGGGCAGGGGAUUGGUACGGACCCUCACUCGUCGCACACAUACUGCGGAAAGCAGUGGCCAGAAGCUCAGAGGUGCAGAAUUUAGCAUUGUACGUGGCUCAGGACUGCACAGUGUAUAAAGAGGAUGUGAUUAGGCUGUGUGAUCAGAGCGUGUUGGACUCCGGCAGCAGUUCGGACUGGAAGUCUGUGAUUAUCCUGGUGCCGGUGCGGCUCGGAGGAGAGACGCUCAACCCCUCCUACAUCGAAUGUGUAAAGAACAUUCUGAGGUUGGAUUGCUGUAUCGGGAUCAUCGGAGGGAAACCCAAACACUCACUCUUCUUUAUUGGCUUUCAAGAUGAGCAGCUAUUAUAUUUAGACCCACACUACUGUCAGCCUGUGGUGGACGUCACACAAGGCAGCUUCUCACUGGAGUCAUUUCACUGUAACUCUCCCAGGAAGAUGAACUUUAACAGAAUGGAUCCCAGUUGUACCAUCGGCUUCUACGCUCGCAGUAAAAAAGACUUUGAGUCUCUGUGCUCAGCGGUCAGUGUGGCGCUGUCGUCGAAGGAGCGCUACCCCAUCUUCACGUUUGUGGAGGGCAGAGGGCAGGACUACGGGCUGGAUGGCUACAGUGGAGGGAGCACAGACGCAUCUACGCAUAUUAUCCCUCCUGGUGGACUCAAUGGGAACAAAAAGAGGGGCAGCGCUGAUGAGUUUGUUUUUCUGUGAGGAAGAAGCUAUGUGUGUAUCACCACCCUCUGCUCUUCAUGACAUUUUUGGACAACUAUACCUCUUAAACGAACAAACCAGCGCUGUUCAGCCUAAUCUGUCUUUAACUUGUAUGGCUGAUUACCACAGACAGUAAUGCAAAACUUGCUUGCAGAGCAAACCACUGAGCAGUUAUGCUGGACAUCCAUGGAUAAGUAUUUGAAAUAUGUGCCUAUGCAGUGCGAGUAUGAGAUGGGAUGUGUUAUGAUAAAACAGUACAGUUCUUAGGAUGAGUCAGACAUGAGAGAAUGUCUCACCAAAGCGCUUUUUUAACCAACAUUCAACUGCAACACUAAAAAAAGAAGUUCCAGGAACUUUUGCUUUCCAUGAGGUUUUCUGGUAUCUGUUGCGAGCCUGUGGAAACUCCGCCCACAGCACUACAGUGACAACAUGGUGGAAAUCUGAAAAACUGUUCCCGAUUCUGAAAGAGUGGAUGAUACAGAUUUAUAGCUACAUUUACAAAUAUACCUUUGACUGAAAAAUGUAUAUAUCGCUGCUGUCGGAAGAAACCUUGUGUCUCCAAAAUGGUAACUUUACAGGAGAAGGAAAA